AAAACCGUACAAACCGUUGCAAUUCUUCAAUUUAACCUUCACCAGACGUAUAAUUAGGAUGAUUGCACCCAAUUACUCGCUUUUUUGUUGCGAAAUUCCGCUGGGUUUUAUAGUUAGUCGCCGAAGUGACAGCCGCGAAAAGUGAGGUUACGUCGAUUAGUAAACGUCAAAAGCGUGUAUGCGCGCUACCGCCGUAUGGCUGGCAGUCUGUUGAAGCGCUUCAUCGUCAUGGCACCGAAAGUGGUAUUCGUGUUGGGGGGCCCCGGAGCGGGAAAGGGCACGCAGUGCCAGAAAAUCGUGGAAACUUUCGGCUACGUCCAUUUAUCAGCCGGGGACUUAUUAAGAGAGGAGCGCGCCAAACCGGGCUCCCAGUACGGAGAGCUGAUAGAGAAUUACAUAAAAGAAGGCAAAAUCGUUCCGGUGGAAAUCACUUGCAGCCUGCUGGAGAACGCCAUGAAAGUCAGCGGGGAGGAUAGGUUCCUGAUAGAUGGGUUCCCCAGGAACCAGAACAACCUCGAAGGGUGGAACAAAACCGUGGCCAACAAUGUGGAACUGCAGUUUGUGCUGUUCUUCGACUGCCCUUUGGAUAUUUGCACCGAGAGGUGUCUGCAACGAGGGGCAGCUGGUAGUGGCCGUACCGAUGACAACUUGGAGAGUCUGAAGAAGAGAUUCAACACCUACGUGCAAGAAACCAAACCCAUUAUCGACCACUAUGCCACCAUGGACCUGGUCAAAACAAUUGACGCCACGAAAAAUCCCCUGGAAGUUUUCGAAGACGUAAAGGCUAUUUUUAAGGCUAAAGGGGCUGGAGACUCCUAGGGGUACUUAAAAAUGCAGUCCAACAUUCCUAGUAUGUAGGCUAGUCAAGGUAACAACUCGGUGUUCACUUAAUUAUAGGUUUUGGUGGCAUUUGUAUAUUUCUGAAUAAAUAAAUCCAAUUUGUCCUAUUUUAUUGAUUGGUUUAUGUUAUACUUACACACUUAAUUUUUACAUUGAUUUGUAUUUACCUAGAUAAGCUUUAAACAUUAUUUAAAAAAGUAUUUGUUAUCUAGCAAUUUUAAUACCAGUGGUCUUAUGAUAAUAAAAUGUUAUUUUCACCUGAAUUAAUGUAAAAACAAGCUUUAUCUAUACAUUAAAAC